AUGCGUAUUGAUCGUGUGAAAAAAACCACUAACUCUGGAAGUGACGCAACAAAACGAUAUGGGAAUAGGUGGAGAAACGAUGAUGAAAGUGGCGGCGGCGACAAACCAGGCGCUGGCACCGGUGUCUACCGCUUCAAAGGCACUCGGGAAGAGUACUGUGAGAAGUUCGCUGUGAACUAUGAGUACUAUUGCACAGGAGACAGUGAUAAUCCACAGAUCACUGCACAGUUCUGUCCGUCGUACAAGAAAAGUUGCCGGGAUCGUCCUCAAAGCCCAGCGAAUCCGUUCACAAAAAACGUUGCCACCGGUGAAAAUCCAAAUUCACCUAGCAACAUUGUCGACAGUAACUUUCCGGAUCUAGACAAUCCAGGGAGGGGAAACGAGGCAGAGGUCGUAAAAGAGUUCAAAAGAAGAAGAAGUACAAGAAACCCUGUACUCCCGAUUGUGAUCAUCGAAUCCACCCACAUUGUACCGCGGCCUGCAAAUGCGACUGGUCUUAUCCGUAUGUGCAAAAGUUCUGCAAUCCUCCACCUCUGCCGUUGUUCCUACAAACUUGCAGAACUGCCGUCGAACGCGAAACCAUUCAGCGUACUGUCACCGAACGGAGAACGCCUUCCCGUCAACGUCCGUACCCCAGGAACCACAACCAUCGCUAAGGAUGAUCCUCUACCUCCUGAUACAGUACGGUGGGACUCACCACUCGAAUUGGACCCGGAAGACUUCGAUCCAACUGCUCAUGUUGGUAAAAAUAACCUGAGAUUGACUUCUAUCGCAUGA